AUGCGAGCCGAUUGUGAUUUUCUGGAAUACGCCAUUAAGACGUUCGACAAAACCCCAGAAUUCAUGAAAUGUCGAAAGAUUCCUUUUGAUCUUCUGCAGUCACCUUAUGUGAAUAUGAUUGAGAGAACGAGAACAUUGGAGCCCGAAUGUGCAUUAGCAGAGAUGGAAGACAUGUUUAUCGCUGUUGAAUCGCAUUCAGCUGAGCUGACACUCCAGGCGCUAGCUAUAUCUCUUACACGAACAGCUGAAAAUUUACGAUAUAUGUAA